AUGAGUCCUGGAGCCUCACAGUCGGAAGAGAAAACCAAACGUCCUUUGGAUGGGAGCGCGGGAAGUUUGGGGAGGGGGAUUGAGGCGCAGGGGCCGCCCCCCCUGAAAAAUUACAUUUUCCUGACCAUUUUCACCUGCUUCUGUCCUGCGUGGCCAAUCAACAUCGUGGCACUGGUUUUCUCCAUAAUGUCUCAGAGUAGUUAUGAUGAGGAAGACUAUGAAGGAGCCCAGCGGUUAGGGAGGAAGGCCCUUCACAUGGGAAUCGCCUCCAUGAUCAUCGGCAUUCUGAUCAUUAUGACCUUCUGCAUUGUUCACUUUACCACGACACAGUAUUAA